AUGAACAGCACCCUGAGAGAUGCCCAGGCCCCGAGCCACCGGGAGUGCCUACUGCCUUCUGUGGCCCGGACUCCCUCUGUCACCCAGAUCACACCAGCCAAGAAGAUAACCUUCCUCAAGAGAGGGGAUCCCCGGUUUGCUGGCGUUCGCUUGGCUGUUGACCAGCGCGCUUUCAAGAGCUUCGGUGCUCUGAUGGAUGAGCUCUCUCAGCGCAUGCCUCUCUCCUUUGGGGUGCGCUCUGUCACUACGCCCCGGGGCCUGCAUGGCCUCAGUGCCCUGGAACAGCUGGAAGAUGGUGGCUGCUACCUCUGCUCUGAUAAGAAGCCCCCCAAAACACCCAGUGGACCAGGCUGGCCACAAGGGGGAACCUCAUCUGCUCAGCAGUCAAGGGAAUUUGAAAGCUGGGGUGAGGCGCCAGGAACAUCCUCUUCCUGCAAGGGUCCUAAGGUCCCAAGGAGGAUAAUGCUGAUUAAGAAUGGGGACCCUAGGUUCCAGAAGACAGUGGUUCUCAGUCACAGAAAUACAAGGAACCUGACGGCCUUUCUCAGCAAAGCCUCAGAUCUUCUGCACUUUCCUGUGAAACAGGUGUAUACGACCAGUGGAGAAAAGGUGGACUCUUGGAACGGUCUGCUGCACAGCCCCUCGGUGCUAGUAUGUGCUGGUUAUGAGUCUUUCAAACCUCUGGCAAUAGAAGAUUCCAGAAGAUAUGGGAUUGAAACUUUAUCUGGGCAGACUUCAAGAAAUAAAACUGGAAGCUGGGGGCCAAAGGCCAAGCAGAGUGUGAUCCACUCAAGGUCCAGGUCGGGCAGUCGGCCACGGCGGUUUUCCUUGCUGUCGGAGAGGUCUGGUCUCAGUGACCCCCCAGUGUCCCUGCAUCACGCCCAGAUGGGCCCUCCUUCUGAAAGAUAUCCUCAGGACACGCCCACCCAGUUUGGCCCAUUGGUGGCCAGUGAUGAUGUUGAGAAAAAGGUCCACAUGAAUGAGGAUGGCAGCCUGUCUGUAGAGAUGAAAGUCCGUUUCCACCUACUUGGCGAGGAUGCACUUCUGUGGUCCAGGAGGGUGGGGAGGGCCAGUGUCCUCACGGGAGCCAAUGGAGAGGUCCCUGUUCUGGGGGAGGUGGAUCCCCUCCACUGUGUGUGUGAGAGUCACCCUGGGGGCUCCUCGGAACCUGGAGCACAAGGACUAGGGACCUGUGAGGCAGGAUGUGAGAAAGCCCUUGGCCGAGGCCAGUGGAAGCCAGGGUCUAGAUAUGAGAUAUGGAUGAACCCCCUGUACUCUGCCCAGGAAGAGGGGACGGCCUCUCAGAGGAGAUCCAGGUUGACCCAACACUCCUAUUCCAGGAGGCCCUGGAGCCAAGGGGUCACCGGAAGGAAACGAAGCAGGAAAGACAGUGUCAGCCCUGACUCCAGUGACAGACCCCCCAAAGACUCUGAGCCCAACUCCUCCUGCUGCUCUAGGUCUCUGGAGGGCAGCAUGGACAGCUGUGACCUACAUGCGGCCUCUGGGGCUGCCUCCCAGAGAGAAGCAGGGAGGGAAGCUGGCAGCAUGUGCAGGACUAGUAAAGACCCGGGUCCACAGGGAACAGGGCAGGACAGAGAGCACCAUAGAUGCCUGAAGCAGCGGAGUGGAGGCACAGCAGGUGCUACUUGUGAGUCCUCAGGGAGUGCUGGGUCUCAUGAGUCCAGUGAAAUGGGUGAGCAGCACCAGGGCUGCCUAAGCAAGACAAGUGUCAUGACUACUUCCCGGCCAAAGGCCACGCAGAGGAAAGGCCUCAGUCCUCCCACGGUGAGUCCCUCAUCUUUGAGGAACAAGGACUCACAGGCAGAGGAAAGUAGACAGGGUUCCAGGUGCCCCCAGGCUAGGGUUAGGUCUGGGAUGGGAUCGCCCCUGGUUUCAGAUCAAUUUGGCUCUGGGGACACUGCAGAAAGCUGUUCUCUGCCUUCUGCCUGUGCCUCAGUCCCAGGCAGAAGAAAGCAGAAGGGCAGAUCCAGGGCUGUGUCCUCUCCCAGCAUUUCCAGCCACAGCCGAGGGGCCCGGAUAGGCCACCCCAGGCAGCACCCCAACCGAAGGGACAUCCACUGCCCGCUUGACUCAGCUGUUCCCAGGCAAGUGCCAGGGCCUUCUAGUGGAGGCAGGGCCUGCCCAGAUAACCCAGCACCACAACUUUCUGGAAGCUCACCUACUGCCAGGAACAAGGCUUCCUGGGACGCAGGGCCCCCCUCCUCUGCCUCUCUUCAUUCCCAGGAGGUACAGGGGAUUAGCAGUGCUCUCAUGACCCCUGUGAGCAAUUCUGACUGUACUUCCAAUUUCUAUCCCCCAUACUCUCCCUCUGCUGAGACUGAAGGUCACUCUGAGCUCAGGGCACGGUCACCAGCUCCCUCACCUUCCAACACAUCAGACCCUUUGAGCAUCCAAGCUGAUGGCCUGGACAAAAAAGCAGGGAAUGACCUUCCCAAGCUUUCCUGGCCUUUAGUUCCACCAGUUGGAGAGCCUGAGGGAGGGAUGCCAGGAGCCCACCGAGACUGCUGCUGCUCACCAAUCAGCACACCCCUGUUCCAUGAGACCCCCAGUGAUAACAUUAAGACCCUACAGACCUCCCAGACAUCAGGCAGCCAGGGGCCCUCCUCUGAGGUCUCCUUGGUAUGCAGCAGGUACUGUCCCACCCCCCCGAGGACAUGGCCUUUUGUCAAGAAACACCCUUCAGGCAGCAGUAGCCUUGGUGCUGACUGGGGGCCAGAUGGGAGAAAGCUGGAGGAGGAAAAGCUAGAUGCACGGCCCCCACGGCCCCCGGGGUCUCAGUCAGGGGCCAUGGGGAAAGCAGUCAAAGCCUUGAGAAAGGGCAGCUCUAGCUGUGGUCCCAGGUCUGGGAGAAUGUUACAGGGGAAGGUUGCUGGUGGAGGGGAAAGCCUGGAGGAGCAAGAGGAAGAUGGCAGAAUGAUGCUGGGUGCCCUACCCCGAGCCUCACCAGAUGCUGUGGUCCGUGAAUGGCUGAGCAACAUCCCGGAGGAGCCCAUACCCAUGAAAUGUGAGAUGGUGGAUGAGAGUACAGUUGUGGUGGGGGGUGAUCCAGAAGGCCCCAAGGAGGACAAUGCUGACAAACAUUCCCAGGAAGGUCUAGGGGAGCCAGCUCUGGCCAGACAACUGUUCCAUGAAGGGGCCACCAGUGAGAAAGCAGAAUCAGAUGGAGCCCUCCCAGUGACUAGUGAUGCUCAUUCCAAGUCAGGAGAGGGCCAUCCUUGUAGCAGAGUUUCAGAAGUCCCCAGGGAGACUGGAUCAGGCAAAGGAAUGGCUGUGGACUGUGGUGUGGGUCAGUGUGUGCUUCCUCACAAGGUCUCUGCCUCCAUACAGAUCAUGAAGGUGCUGAUGGGCUCCAAGCAGGGCCGGCCCAGCAGCUUGCCUGAGGUGUCCAGUGCAGUGGGCAGGAGGCUUAGCCACUCUGCCCGGGCCCUUAUCACCUGUCUUGCUGGGCUCCACUUCUUUGAUGAAGACCUUAGGUCUCCUACUGACAAAGUGAGGUUCACAGAGUCUCCUCGGUACCAGGAGCUCCUGAGCACCUUCCAGGCUCUGUGGCCAGGGUGUGUCUGUAGGCAAGGCGAGCUGGAUUCUGGCCUCUGGGAGCUUGGCUGGUGCAAGGCUCUGCCAGGCCUCAGGUCCCAUGUCAUGACUGAGGACUUCACACCAACGUCCUCAUCUGGUGUGGAUGUUGGCAGUGGCUCUGGAGGCUCAGGGGAGGGCAGUGGACCCUGUGCCAUGGACAGCGCCCUGGUCCCUGAGAGGAUAGAGCUGCCCUUGAAAAUCCCCUCCCAGAGGCCUGAUUCUAGAACCUCCAAGAACCAAGAGGAUCCAGAAAAGCAACAGUCCAGUGUUUCUACAGCCUCUUCAAACUCCCAAGAAUGGGCUUGUGCCACCAGGAAAGACAAGGCAGAAAGAAACAGUGGGGAGCAGGUGCUGGGCAGUAACCUGGAUCAAGUAGUUGAAAACGCAAUGCAAGAAGAGGGGGUACAACUAGAGAAAGUUGAAGAAGAAAAAGAAAUAGCAGAACUGCCAGGAGAGGGUGUCCAAGAAUCUCCAGAAGAGGGAAGAGUUAUGGAACAAGAAUUGUCAGAGGCUGACUCUGACGAUGGGGAAGGUGCACAGGAAGAUAAGAGUGUGCAGGAAGAGGAAGCAGGAGGAGACCCUGCCUCCACCACACUUUGCCCUCCAGGGGCAAGAGAGAAACCACCAGAGGCCCCUAGGAGCCCCAGCAGGAGGGAUCCAGAUGCUAGCGAAAGUCAGAGUGGCCCCAACAAUGAGCCUGGCUUGGAGAAGCCACCCCAAACAACUGAGACAAGCCUUGAGCAAACCCAGACCAAGUUCUUGCAGGGGCCUGGGGAGAAGAGCUCUUCUACAGCCUGCAGAGUGUCCCUGGACCCUGACAUCCUCUGGGUGACCAAGUUGCUAAAGAGGAUGGAGAAAGCCUUCAUGGCUGACCUUGCCAGAGCCACAGCCGAGAUCCGAGCCCGCUGGAGCCUGCAGAGCAAUGACCUUCUGGACCAAAUGGUGGCAGAGUUACAGCAGGACGUGGGCCAGCGGCUCCAGGAUAGCACUGAGAAAGAACUCCACAAGAUCCAGAGCCGGGCAGUGGGGAGGAUGCCAGGGCCAGCGAGGGAAGCCCUUAGGUGGGAGAUGUCCCUGCAGACAGAGCAGCGCAGGCGUCGUCUCCGGGACCUGCGCAACCUCUCGGCUUUCUCCGAGCAGGCUCGAAGCCAGGGGCUCCUGUCCUUCCCUGUGGAGGAUGUGCCAACCCUCCAUGGAGCCCUGGGGACCUGGCUGGUUGGGGAGCCUGAGGGGGAGGAGUUUUGUCCCUGUGAGGCCUGCAUGAGAAAGAAAGUGAUCCCUACAUCCCCGAAAGACACAAAGGGGGUAACCAGUGCACCCAUCAAAAAGGCCUUUGACCUGCAGCACAUUCUGCAAAAGAAGAAAGGAGGGUGUGCUAAUGGGGAGGCAGCAGAGACAGUCCCAGAGAAGAGAGAGAUGGAGCUUCUCCAGGGGGACGCCUCAGGGAUAGGGACUAUUGACAAUGGAGGCCUGGAGCUGGGGUUAGGCCAGGAUCCUGGGACAGAGGAGGGGGGUGAGGAUGAGAGCAGCCAGAGCCUUGGCAGGGAUGGAGACCCCCAAGUGGGAGAGGAGGGUGAAGUUGCUCAGAAUGGAGAAGAGAAAACAGAUCCCGGGCAAGGCAGUGUCUUCGAGGGAGUGGGCAGGGAGGAGCAGGGCUUUGGUGAGAAUGAUGAAAACACAGAGAAGGGCUCUAGAGCUGAGGGCAGUUUGGAAGGUGAAGCCUGCGGAGAAGGUGACCAAAGUCCAGAGGGACAGAAUGAUGGUGCUGUAACUACAGAGGGAGACAGGAAGCCAGAGUCAGGGGGAGGAGAUCAAGGUGAGAAAGAAGGUAGCUCACAAGUUGUCUGGGUACAGGGCCAACAAGGUGAAACUUCUGGAAACAGCAGCCCAGACCAAGAGGGGAAGUCAGCAAUGCUCCCUACCCCAGAUGGAGACACCCCCUGCCAAAGGUCAGGCUGGAAAGCAGGCCUUGCCGCCUCUAGCACCUUUUCUCUGGGAAAUUGCUCUCAGCUCUCUCAGAAAGGCUCUGAAGAAAAGCCUUCGAAUGGAGACAUGAGGAGCAUCGAAGAUGAGUCCAAGGGAAUCCCCAGUCCAGAGAGAAAAGUCACAGGCAUGUAUCUGGAAAGCUCCACUUCUGAGCAAGAAGUGGCACCCUUGGGCCCAAGGACUCCAGAGCAGGAGGUAGGUGAGGCCUCUGGCCUAGAAGCUGAGAAUGUAGUUGAAAGUCUCUCUUUCACAGAAAUGAGGUCUAAAAACCUCACCAAGGACAGGACAGGUGGCUUUGGCCGAGAUGACUUAGAUUUCUAG